CAGGUCUUGUAGUCUUUGAAGGUUCUGUAUGCCCUCAGUUCUGUCGGUAACAAUGGCUUGCCGACUCUACCUUCACCCGCUUGUCAUUUCGACAGCCCAGCAAUUCUUCUUCAUUUACAUCGCGGGCUUCACAUCUCGCACAUCGAUUCUUCGACCAGUUGGGUUCAUUAUCUUUCUCAUCUCAACGUUCGUUGCGCUCGCUACGUUUGAAGACUUUGUCGAACCGCCAGGAUGGGUCUCCAGAGCCAUCAUCUCUGCAUUUCCGCAAAUCUCGCUGACGUACUUUGAGCGGAUGAUUGUGCGUAAAAUUGCAUACGCUGAGGAUCGUGAGAAGAAAGACCAAGAACCUCAAUCGAGGAUUGCGGAAUUUCGCAAGCGAUAUGUCUUUGGGCAAGAAGUUGCGUCUUCAAUGAGAGGGUUGGGCACGCCUUGGGAGAUCAGAAAUAUUCACCAUUUCGACUCUCAAGACCCGACAUACGUACCUGCAGCGACGCCAUUUGUGUGUAUCAAUCUUCUAAAAGUCCUUCUUUGCUAUUUUGUCCACAAGCUGUGCAUCACGACACAAUUGAGUCUCGAUCAGCAGUACAUGGCUCCAAACUACGUGCCCAUCUUUCGCCGCGUUGACGAAGUAACACUGGCAGAGCUGCAAGUUCGGUACAUCGCGACUGUCACAACAGUUGUGUCAAUUUUCUGCUUCAUCCAGGGCGGUUACUCUCUCGCCUCUGCAGCAUCGGUAACCAUGAAUCCGAAAGCUGUCAAAGAUUGGAGACCAAUUUUCGGCGAACUGACAGAGUCCUACUGUCUCCGACAAUUCUGGUCCACCUUUUGGCACCAAGGGCUGCAGAAUAAUCUUCGGGGCACUGCGACAUGGAUUGUCAAGAACAUCUUUCGCAUGAAGUCUUAUUCGCUUCCAUCGCGGUAUCUAAAGAUUCUUCUGGCUUUUGCAUUAUCUGGAUUGGUUCACGUCCCAAGCGACAUGGGCAGCGCAGUCUCUGCAAAGGACAGCGGAGCGAUCCAGUUCUUCAGCACGCAAUUGAUCGGGUUGAUGCUGGAGGAUGUGUUUGGUGAUUUGUUUCUUCCUCUCUGGAAGUACAAGUUUACUCGGAUACUGGCGAGACUUGCUGGUUACUUUUGGGUUAUUUCUUUUCUUGCUUGGUCUGGGCCAGUUCGGUGGUUUCCAGUCAUUCUACAGCAGCGCCCGGAGACGGAAUUGAUAAGGCUCAGUGCUUUCAAGCCGAUGGCUAAAGUCAUGAGCUGUUGGUAA